AUGUCUACAGUGUUUGCGAGGACACUUGGUUAUUGCCGGAAGAGGACAACACAAGAUUAUUUCUUUGAUGCUCCUGCCGAGGAGCAUCCUAAAAUUCAACUUAGUCAGCUUAGAAAGUUUUCCCUGCGUGAGCUACAAGAUGCAACGGACAACUUUAGUAACGAAAACAUUGUGGGUAAAGGUAGAUCUGGUAAGGUCUACAAAGGACGAUUGGCUGAUGGGUCUCUAGUUGCAGUGAAAAGACUUAAAGUGGAAGGCGCUCAGUUGGGAGAGCUGCAAUUUCAAACAGAAGUACAAAUUAUGAGCUUGGCAGUCCACCGUAAUUUGCUGCGGCUGCUUGGUUAUUGCAAGACCCCAACUGAACGGUUGCUUGUAUAUCCGUUCAUGGCUAAAGGCAGUGUGGCAUCACGGUUACGAGGCCCCCCGGAAUCAUGGCCUGUACGGAAGCGAAUCAUACUGGGAGUUGCAAGGGGGCUUGCUUAUUUGCAUAAUCAUUGUGAUCCAAACAUCAUCCACCGUGAUGUGAAAGCUGUCAAUAUAUUACGGGAUGAGGAUUUUGAAGCAGUUAUUGGGGACUUUGGCUUUGCAAAACCCAUGGACUACGAAGAUACAGCUGUGCUUGGUUCGAUUGGGCACAUUGCACCAGGAUACCUCUCCACCGGAAUGUCUUCGGAGAAGUCUGAUGUUUUUGGUUACUGUUUGAUGCUUCUUGAACUAAUGACUGGACAGAGGGCUUUAGUUCGCGCACGACUUGGCAAUGAUGAUGAUGUCAUGUUAAUUGAUUGGAUGAUAGGGCUUUGGAAAGACAAGAAAUGGGAAACACUAAUGGAUGCCGAUUUGAUCGGUGACUAUAAUAAAGAGGAGGAGGAGCAUUUAAUCAAGGUGGCCUUGCUAUGCACACAAAGCUCGGUCAUGGGAAGACCAAAGAUGUCUGAGGUGCCAAGGAUGCUUGAAGGUGAUGGGCUUGAUGAAAAAUGGGAUGAAUGGCAGAAAGACGAGACGUGUCCAUUAGGUAAUGGAACCCUUCUCUCCUGUUCCCCCGUGACCUCUUCUAGUUGGCAGAUUCUAGACCCAGAUUCAGAUAUCCUCCCAGAAGAACUGUCAGGUCCCAGAUGA